CAAGAACGGCGCUUCCGGAUCGGGAGAAAGGUGGCGGCGCCGUGGGAGUUUCCCUACAGGAACAGAAUGGAAGGAGGACCGAGCAGAUUGGAAAUUCAUACCCCAGUAUUUGAUAAGAAAAAGAAAAAAUACUCUGUAUAUAAGGAAGGACACCUAAGGAGUUCCCAUGAAAGUUUCAGAGACACUCCUCUGACAAGUGAACAGCAUCACAUAACCAAGAGUAAAAAAAAGAGAAAGGAUUUCCAGCAUUUUCAUUCUUCCCCUUUGCAAAAAUCAGAAAUUUGCGAGGAGACUGAAAAGACCACUUCUAUACCCAAAAAGAAUAAAAAGAGAAGACAGAAGGCUUUGGGGGUAGAUGAGGAAACAGGCGUGGUGUACGUCCUGGUGGAUAAAGAAAAUAUCAAGGACACGCCGAAGAAUUUUAGGAGCGACGUCGAUGUCGUGUACGUGGACACGAGCAAGGAACAAGAGCCAACACAAGAGCCUGAUGCAGACGAACCACAGUCCGUUCCCAAGUCACAUGAAAAUGAGUCCGAAGAACCGCAUCAUAAAGUCAGGGAGAAAAAGAGUAAAAAACAUCGGAAGAAAGCGGCAUCGGGCGAUGCUGUGCAGGACAGCCCGCAUGCGAGCCUGCCCCUGCCCGAGGUGGAACCACCCCAGCCAGAAGCCCCCCUUUCCGUGGGCCCAGAGGGCGAAAUUGCCCAGCUGCCAAUACCCGCAGGUAAAAAAAAGUCUAAGAAAAAAAAGAGAAAAAUUUCACACAACCGGGAAUUUGAGGCAGUGCCCGGGCCUGAGGGUCUGGAGAACGUGCACUCCGAAGGAUGUCGAGGGGUCAGCGGUGUAAAGAAAAAGUCUAAGAAACGGAAGCGAAGCUCUGCUGAAAGCCCCGUAGCGCCUGGUGGGGAGUUUUCAGCGCUCGCUGCCAGCUUGGAGGACGCGCACUUUGAUUCACUGCAGGGAAAUGGCACCUUGAUUGAAGAAAGGGAGGAGCCCAGGCCACGGGAGGAGAAAACCCAGGCCUGUAUGGAAGAGGUGCAGAGGUUGGAACCUACAAACGAAGAAGAAGGCCGUCUGGAAGUGGCCACAGGUUCCGAAACGAGAUACUUAUCCGAAGAGUCGAGAGAUUUGGGCGACUCGGAUGUGGAUUUGGACUCGGCCGUGAAGCAGCUCCAGGAGUUCAUCCCCGACAUCAAGGAAAGGGCCGCCACCACCAUCAAGAGGAUGUACCGGGAUGACUUAGGGCGGUUUAAGGAAUUCAAGGCACAGGGUGUCGCUAUUAGAUUUGGCAAGUUUUCUGUAAAGGAAAAUAAGCAGUUAGAGAAGAACGUGCAAGAAUUUCUGUCCCUGACCGGAAUUGACAAUGCGGACAAGCUGCUGUAUACAGACAGAUACCCAGAGGAGAAAUCUGUGAUCACCGACUUGAAAAGAAAAUACUCCUUUAGACUGCACAUCGGGAAGGGCAUUGCCCGGCCCUGGAAACUCGUUUACUAUCGAGCAAAGAAGAUGUUUGAUGUCAACAAUUACAAGGGCAGGUACAGCAAAGGAGACAUGGAGAAGUUAAAGAUCUACCACUCCCUGCACGGAAACGACUGGAAGAAGAUUGGCGAGAUGGUGGCUCGAAGUAGCCUCUCUGUUGCCCUGAAGUUCUCCCAGAUCAGCAGCCCGAGAAACCACGGUGCUUGGAGUAAGACGGAAACCCAGAAGCUAAUCAAGGCUGUGGAAGAAGUGAUUCUAAAGAAAAUGUCUCCCCACGAGUUACAGGAGAUGGAUUCUAAGCUCCAAGAGAACCCCGACGGCCGCCUGUCUAUUGUCAGGGAAAGUCUGUACAAGGGCAUUUCUUGGGUAGAAGUAGAAGCCAAAGUAGAAACCAGAAAUUGGAUGCAGUGUAAAAGUAAGUGGACGGAAAUUCUAACCAAGAGGAUGACGAAUGGUCGGGAUGUGUACCGCGGAGUGAAUGCCCUGCGGGCCAAAAUCAACCUGAUCGAAAGGUUGUAUGAAAUAAACGUGGAAGAUGCUAAUGAAAUAGACUGGGAAGAUCUUGCUAGUACCAUAGGUGAUGUCCCGCCGUCCUACGUUCAAACUAAGUUUUAUAAGCUGAAAGCUACCUGUGUUCCCUUUUGGCAGAAGAAGACUUUUCCAGAGAUCAUAGACUACCUUUACGAAACCAGUCUGCCUCUGCUUAAGGAAAAGUUAGAGAAGAUGAUGGAGAAAAAAGGUGCUGAAAUCCAGACUCCCGCGGCGCCCAGGCAGGUGUUCCUACUCCGAGACAUCUUUUAUUGUGACGACACCAGUGAGGGAGAAGACGGGGAGGAGAAGAAUUAAGGGGAGGACACUGUGCCUUGGGCACCCCUCCAGGUGUCGUUGGAUUUCUUUGCAAUGGGGCAGAGAACCUGUUUCCAGGACUGAUGUUUAGGAGAGAGAGAAGGAGCCAUGGCCACAGGAAGGGGAUGACGAUACCUUGCGUGGCGGAGCAUUCCAUGGUGAUUCGCACACUCACGCUCUAGUGCAAUUGAGCGUGCAGGGAAAGAGGCGCGUAAGAGUCGACUUAAUGCUUCCGUGCCGUUGGACAUAAUCACAACGAACGGUUCUCAUAAAACCACAGUAUCCCCGGUCCCUCUCGCAGCAGAGGGUGUGGAGUCACGGCCCGUGAACAGUUCGUGGUAAGGAUUUCAACGUACACGCUCGGCCUAAAGGGGAACGCUACCAGUUUUCGUCAACGUGCCUGCCGGCUUGCCUUCUGUCUUCCCGGUUGUUACUCUGUGUGCUCAGUGUGCGUGAGUAUCAGGUGCGCGUUAACAGGGAGUUGUGGACCCGCUGGGCUCCCAGACUGGCUUCACUUCGCACGUCCCUGCCUUCGUGGGCGGGCCUCUUCCUGAGUGAGUCAAGUGCUCAAGGGUAUGUAUUCUGCAUACAAGCUGCGUUCUCAAAGCCACUGAAUUCACCUGGUGUCCAACUGGAAAGAAACCAAAACCCCAAACCCAGCAGACUCUUCCACUGCUUCCGGAAAAUCCGGUUCUGUGAGAUUUUGGAGGGCUGCUGUGUGGGUCUGAGGCACAGCUCACACCCUGCAGGGUUUCAAGGAUAGUUUUGAGUGUUGGGCCAUUCUGUCCGCCAGGAAAGCAAAACCAUUACAGAGAGUUGGAACAGAGGAUUCAACCUAGGGAUUUAGGUUACAGCGUUGUUAAACAGGAUCGGAGACGCGAACGGGAAGGCUGGAUUCCCGAGCGACGAGUGACCGAGGGGAGGCGGUUGUGGCCCUGCUAACGUGCCCUGUCCCCGUGCUGCCUGGGUUGUCUCCUGCUGCUGCCCUGGCGGGACCCUGUGUCUCCUCGGAACACAGCAGCUGCUGCCUCGCUCCUGCCUGCCAUCGUCUCCCUCUCCUCCAGCCCCUCGGCAGAACCCUGCUGGCCCGGGGAGUGGGGUUCCAGGCUUCCAGCCGCACCCGUACUGGGGAGGACAUAAGAUGAGGGUGAACGGUGGCCCGUGCAGCGACGUCGCCAUCUCCGCCAAGACAGAACUGCACUGUCUCCUGAGCAUUCUCUCCAAUGUCCUGACUCUCGCAUCACGACGUGUGCUGUUGGUUACUUCAUCCGUGAAGCCAGACGUUUGCCCAAAGCUACCCUACCUGGAGAAGGAAGAAUACAGACACAAGUCUGGGAGUCUGGUCACCACUGUGUCCCCAGCACCUGUCCCACUAUGGUGCAAGUAAGGAACACUCCGUAAAUGUUCAGCAAACAAAUGACUGUUUCCUUUGGGCAAGCGUUUGACCUUUACUCCCGCCCUAGCUGGCAGACACACCGUCUCCAUGCUGACGGGAACACAAGUUCCUUUCAGAGGACGGUCGGGUAAAAGACAUCAGAGCCUUAAGAACGUACACAAACUGAGAUCCGGCAAUUCACUUCUAGAAUGAAAAGGACUGGUGCAUAAGAAGGGCACCUUUAUGAUUUGAAAUGGAAAAACAUGUAAAUGUUCCUUAAUGGGAAUUUGUUACUGUAUAUUCCUAGAAUGGGAUAGUAUCCAAUAAUUAAAAACGAACAUGAUAGAGUGGAUUAACAUAAAAAGAGGUAAACAAAAUGAACCAAAGUAUUUCAGAAGAGUAAAUAUUUUCAAUUUUGUAAAAGUAAAAAAAAAAAAAAAAAAAAAAGGCCGGGGGGGUGGAUUGUGUAUAUGUAGAUGCAUUAAAACGUAUGGGAGAAGUUAAGCCCCAAAUUUUGGGAGAGGUUCUCUCGGGGCGGUGGGAUGGUGAAUUUACAGGUUGGAACUCUCGAUUUGCAAGUGCCGGGAGCUGGACCCAGAUAGAUGUAAGGAAUCCGGGAGCUCUCAAGACCGAAAGGCCAGAGGAACCACUCGUCUUAAGUAAGGACUGGUCCAGCUACUCGGAGUCACCAGAGAUGGGGUUUCUUGCGGAUUCCCUGCUCUCCCCCCACCAUCUCCCACUUCUCUUCAGUCCACACACAGCAGCCCCCUCACCUCCCACCUGUGUCAGCAGACCUGCUCCCUGUCCGGAGGAAGGAAAACAGCCUCUUCCCCUUGCUUUUAAGUCCUAGGCUUUGUUCCUAGUGCCCAAGUGAAAGUUUGUGCCCAACUCUGAAGUGUCCCUGGAGUCAAGGAGAUAGGACGGUCUUCAGCCAACGUGAACACCCACCCCACCCCUGGAGCUGGGAUUUAGCUCAGGAUGCCUCUAGCAGCUGAGAGCGGAAAUACCCCAGUGGGAAAAAUCAGGGUCCCGUUAGCAGAAGAGGUAAGUGGACUCUGAGGAAGCAACCCACAAACGGGUGUUGACAGUGACUGAUUGCCUGUGCUAUGAAUUUCACAAUAGACCUGGGUACUUUCUGUAGAGGUUCUAUUUUUAUAACUUUUUCUCACCAAUAACCUCCGUGCCUGUCCCUUCAAAAAAAAGUAUGCACCAUACAAACGUUAGCCUUUGCCAAACUCGGCUUUUACGCACGCGAGUCCAGGAGGGAUACGGAAGAAGGAGGAGGGCAGGGUAGACCGGACACGUGUCAAAUGCAGACCCGGGAGAAGAGAAGACCGUGAGGGGAGCCGUGAGUGUGAUUCGGGGUGUGCCCGCUCUACAGAGGCCCUGGCGGAUGGCGCGAAGACAGUGGGCGGAAGAGAGAUGCCCGGCGGGCAGCCCCCGCGGGGGUGAGGCCCAGAGCCUGGAAACAGCCCCAGUUUAGAGGCAGAAAAGAGCCAAAGGGGAAACUGCGUGUCGGGUCUGUACUUGGGAGGACGCAGAGGAGGAAGAGUGGACCCGGAGAGAGGGGAGAAGACCCCGCCCCUGUCCCACAGGAGACCAGAGCAGGGAACAAAUACAGUUGUUUGGAACACUCUCGCCUGUGCGGUAUUGGAGCACCUGUCCCAGUUCUGGGCAUCCCGCUUCUCGGUAGGCACGCUUUUCGGCGGUUUGCCUUCACGUGUAGACGCCAUUCCCCAGCAGAGAGGAGGGGAAGGUGAACGUCCUAGACAGACCCAGGCCUGGAUUCCCCUCAACGCUGCUUUAAGUUACUCUCAGCCGGCGAGGCCCCGCUAGGAGCUAACGGUGAAGGCCCAGGCCUGGGUUCUCGCCGGCCGCACAACCUAGCGCUUGCCGAGCACCGGUUCCAGGCCAUUUCCUGAAAUACACGCCGCGGUCCUAAUUCCCAGCUCACCCAGCAAGACGCCAGCCCAUCAGUUGGUUCCCAGCGCGCGCCAGCGGUCCCAGGGUCCGUUUCUACUGCCCCUUCACUCUUCGUCCUCUCCCUCGGGGGCCCUUCCCUGUCCAGGACCCCGGACCUCGGCGAGCCCUUCCAUCUGCCCUCCCUGCACCUAAGAGCCGAAUAUUUCCGGAAGAAAACCACACGGUCGGGCUGGUUGGUUUCACUUUAAUGGUUGUCAACCUCAGGCAGAGCAUCACCAGAGGAUCCGACUUUGAGUCUCUGUUACGUUUGCUGUGCCUUCCCCACGUCAGCUGUUACACCUUCAACCCUCCCACGCUCCUCUUCUGGCCUUUUCAUGAUUCACUGAGCAAAAAUGGAAGGCGGCAGACAUUAGCUCCCCUGCACCAACCAGGCAAACCUACCUCUGUCUGCACCGAAUUCCUCCUGCCGGAAGCUGAGGCCGGCGGCCUGUCCCUUACCCUGUCUUGGAAAUUCUGUUCAUUUGCUCAGCCCGCUCCUGAAUUCUGGAGCUCUGGACUGUCAUCCCCAUAGAUACGCGCCCACACUGCCCAUCUUUAAAUAUGUAUGUUAUAGGCGUGUAUUUAUACAAGUUUGGAAUCAGGACUUUCUGCCGUGUUCCUCCCAC